AUGGCUCCUUUACUAGAAUCGUGCUGGUCACCAUGUAUCUGGUCAUCAACAGUGAAGAGUGGAAGUCGGGCGGUUGCUGUGUACACUAUUGCUAUGAGUAUAGUGUUGAUCACGUUCAUUGGGUAUCAAAUGGACGGUGGGGACUCCACGCAGCUCUGGAACCCUUUGUUCGAAGCUGAUGUGAGAGGAUCUCUACAAGUAUUUGGAAGUAUAUUUAUUGUUAUAUUUAUACUUCUCAUUAUUUUCUCUGUUCUUAUGAUCAUUGGUAUUGACAUCUGGAUGCGAGGUUUCAUUCUGCCGUGGUUGGGGUUGAUGGCAUUCAUCAUCCUAUUCCAGCUGCUAUUUGGACUCUGGCUUAUUGGAGGAUAUUAUAUUUAUUUGGACGCGACAUUUGCUGCAUUUAUCGAUUUUAUCUGGAUGGCGUACAACAUCUACUGCUGGCUCUGCGUGUUCUCACAAUACCAAAUUAUAUUGGAGAUGCAAUCUCCAAACAUAGAGAUAUUAGUGGAAUACUAA